CUCGUGCGUCGACGUACGGGCCGGGCGGGAACACGGGCUCCGCGGGGACACCGGUCCGGCGCGGAGGCGGGAGCUGGGCGGCUGCGGGCCCGGGCGGCGGCGGCCAUGGCCUCGGCGGCCGUGGAGAGCUUCGUGGCCAAGCAGCUGGACCUGCUGGCGCUCGAGAGGGACGCGGAGGUGGAGGAGCGCAGGUCCUGGCAGGAGAGCAUCUCUCUGAAGGAGCUGCAGAGCCGAGGCGUGUGCUUGCUGAGACUGCAGGUGUCUAGCCAGCGCACUGGGCUACACGGACGGCUGCUGGUCACCUUCGAGCCCCGGAGAGGCGGGUCCGCGGCGGCGCUUCCCAGCAGCAGUUUCACUUCGGGCGACAUCGUGGGUCUGUAUGACGCGGCUACCGAGGGCAGUCAGCUGGCCACUGGGAUCGUGACCCGCAUUACUCAGAAAUUGCUCACAGUGGCCUUUGACGAGUCCCACGAUUUCCAGCUGAGCUUGGACCGAGAGAGUUCCUACAGACUGUUGAAACUUGACAAUGACAUCACUUACCAGCGAAUGAAGAAGGCUCUGAUUGCACUGAAGAAGUAUCACUCUGGCCCCACAGCCUCGCUCAUAGACGUGCUCUUUGGCGUGGCGGCCCCCAGUCCGGCCAGCGAAAUACACGCGCUCACGUUCUUCAACGCCUCCCUGGAUGCCUCCCAGCAGGAAGCGGUUUCUUUUGCGCUGACCCAGAAGGAACUUGCCAUCAUCCACGGACCUCCUGGCACUGGGAAGACCACGACUGUGGUCGAAAUCAUUCUUCAAGCUGUGAAGCAAGGCUUAAAGGUUCUGUGCUGUGCGCCCUCCAACAUUGCCGUGGAUAAUCUGGUGGAGCGUCUGGCUCGCUGCAAGCGCCGGAUUCUGCGCCUGGGGCACCCUGCGCGCCUCCUGGAGACCAUCCAGCAGCAUUCCCUGGACGCGGUCUUGGCCCGGAGCGACAGUGCCCAGAUUGUCGCGGACAUCAGGAAGGACAUCGACCAGGUCUUCGCCAAAAACAGAAAGACCCAGGAUAAGAAGGAGAAGAGUAAUUUUCGGAACGAAAUUAAGCUUCUGAGGAAAGAGCUGAAGGAACGGGAGGAGGCGGCCAUGCGGGAAAGCCUCGCCUCAGCGGAUGUGGUCCUUGCCACAAACACAGGAGCUUCUCCCGACGGUCCUCUCAAGUUGCUGCCCGAGGGCCACUUUGACAUCGUCGUCGUGGACGAGUGCGCCCAGGCCCUGGAGGCCAGCUGCUGGAUCCCGCUGCUGCAGGCCAGAAGAUGCAUCCUGGCUGGAGACCACAAGCAGCUGCCCCCCACCACCGUCUCGCACAAGGCCGCGCUGGCAGGACUGUCGCUCAGCCUGAUGGAGCGCCUGGCCAAGGAGCAAGGGACGGCGGUGCGGACUCUCACCGUGCAAUACCGCAUGCACCAGGCCGUCAUGCGCUGGGCCUCGGAGGCCAUGUACGGCGGGCGGCUCACGGCCCACCCCUCCGUGGCGGGCCACCUCCUCAGGGACCUCCCGGGCGUGGCCGCCACCGAGGAGACCGGUGUACCACUGCUGUUGGUGGACACGGCCGGCUGUGGGCUCUUGGAGCUGGAGGGGGACGAGCAGUCCAAGGGAAACCCCGGCGAGGUGCGCCUGGUGGGUCUGCACAUCCAGGCCCUGGUGGAUGCUGGUGUCCCGGCACAGGACAUCGCCGUCAUCACACCCUAUAAUCUCCAGGUGGACCUGCUGAGACAGAGCCUCGCGCACAGACACCCAGAGCUGGAGAUCAAGUCCGUCGACGGGUUCCAAGGCCGGGAGAAGGAGGCUGUGGUCCUGUCCCUCGUCCGAUCCAACAGGCGAGGUGACGUUGGCUUUCUUGCUGACGACCGGCGGAUCAACGUGGCCGUCACCCGCGCACGGCGCCACGUGGCCGUCGUCUGUGACUCGCGCACCGUCGCCAGCCACGCGUUCCUGAGGACCCUGGUGGAGCACUUCACAGAGCACGGGGAGGUGCGCACGGCCUUUGAGUAUCUGGAUGACAUCGUCCCGGAAAACUACUCUCACGAGGGUCCCCAGGGCCACGGUCACAGCACCGGGAAGCCCCGAGGCCCCGCCCCAUCCACCGGAAAAACUCCCGGGCAGCAGGGGGGCGGCCGGGAACCCAGAGCAGCCACCAGACGGGACGGGAAGAAGCCGAGUGGGACGCCCACGGGCUCCAAGGCCCCUGCUCACCCUGGCCUUGGUGGAAGCGGCCUGGAGGGCGCCGAGAGCAGAGACGGCGUGGACCGCUUCCGCGCCGUGCUCGCGGGGUUCGUGGCCAGUGACGAGACGCAGCUGGAGUUCCCUGCGUCCCUGAGCUCCCACGACAGGCUGCGGGUCCACCAGAUAGCCGAGGAGCUGGGACUGCGGCAUGGCAGCGCUGGGGAGGGGAGGCAGCGGGCCGUCACUGUGAGCAAGCCGGCCCUGGAGGCCCCGACACCCCCAGCCGGGCCUGGUGGCCAAGCCCCCCUUCCACCGGUGCCCCCCGGCCCUGCUGAGACCGAACACCCCCCCGAGGAGCAGCGUGGCCCAGCCCCGCUGGAUCUUAGGGCGCUGCACAUGGAGAGGCCACAGGGGCCGAGGGGUGGGCAGGAGCAGCCCCCCAAGAAAGGCCAGCAGAAGAUUCUGGAAAGGAAGAAGAAAAAGGAAGUGAAAGGACACGUGAACUUCCGUCUGCCUGCAGAGGAUGACUUUGAUGCCCUGGUUUCUGCGGCCAUCAAGGCUGACAACACGUGUGGCCUCGCUAAGUGCACCGCCAGCGUCGCGACGCUGGGCCACUUCUGCCAGCUCUGCGGCCGCCGCUACUGCCUCAGCCACCACCUGCCCGAG